AAUAAAAAAGGAAACAUAUUGCCCCAAGGUUUCUGUUUUCAUUUCCUCAUGUGAAGAAGAAGCCCAAUAUAGAAGAACGGCAGACACAGCACACUGAAGCUCUGUCAUCAUGGGGAACUGGGCUGUGAAUGAGGGAAUCUCCAUCGUUGUCAUUCUGUUGUGGCUGGGGAUAAAUGCCUUCCUCUUUGUCCAUUACUACAAGCUUUAUGAUGAAGAACCAAAGUACUUUUACACUAGAAAACUUCUUGGGAAAGCGCUGGCCUGGGCCAGGGCUCCUGCAGCCUGCCUAAAUUUCAACUGCAUGCUGAUACUGCUGCCAGUGUGUCGAAAUCUACUCUCCUUCCUCAGGGGUUCCAGUGCGUGCUGCUCAACAAGAAUUCGAAGACAACUGGAUAGGAACCUCACUUUUCAUAAAAUGGUGGCAUGGAUGAUAGCACUUCAUACUGCAAUUCAUACUGUAGCACAUCUGUUCAAUGUGGAAUGGUGUGUGGAUGCCCAAGUUGGCAAUUCUGAUCCUUAUUCAGUAGCACUCUCUAAAAUUGGAGACAAAGAUGGUGAAUCUUAUCUCAAUUUUGCUCGAGAGAAAAUCAAGAACCCUGCAGGAGGCCUUUAUGUGGCUGUGACUCGGUUGGCAGGAGUCACUGGAAUUGUUAUCACACUUUGCCUCAUCUUAAUUAUCACCUCUUCCACAAAAACCAUCCGGAGGUCUUACUUUGAAGUGUUUUGGUACACACAUCAUCUAUUUGUCAUCUUCUUCAUUGGUCUUGCCAUCCAUGGAGCUGAACGAAUUGUGCGUGGGCAGACUGCAAAAAGUUUGGAGGAACACAAUAUAAUGAUAUGUAAACAAAAUUUCACAGAGUGGGGGAAAAUAAAGAACUGUCCAGUCCCAGAGUUUGCUGGGAACCCUCCUAUGACUUGGAAAUGGAUAGUAGGUCCCAUGUUCUUGUAUCUUUGUGAGAGGUUGGUUCGAUUUUGGCGAUCUCAACAGAAAGUGGUCAUCACCAAGGUGGUCACUCACCCUUUCAAAACCAUUGAGCUACAGAUGAAGAAGAAGGGAUUCAAGAUGGAGGUGGGACAGUACAUUUUUGUCAAGUGUCCCAUAGUGUCCAAACUGGAGUGGCACCCUUUCACUCUUACCUCUGCCCCUGAGGAAGAUUUCUUCAGCAUCCAUAUUCGCAUCGUUGGAGACUGGACAGAGGGGCUGUUCAAUGCUUGUGGUUGUGACAAGCAGGAGUUUCAAGAUGCCUGGAAACUACCCAAGAUUGCAGUUGAUGGUCCCUUUGGCACAGCCAGUGAAGAUGUGUUCAGCUAUGAGGUGGUGAUGUUAGUGGGAGCAGGGAUUGGAGUGACACCUUUCGCAUCCAUUCUCAAAUCAGUCUGGUACAAAUAUUGCAAUAACGCCACCAAUUUGAAGCUCAAAAAGAUCUAUUUCUACUGGCUAUGUCGGGACACACAUGCCUUUGAGUGGUUUGCAGAUCUGCUGCAGCUGUUGGAGACCCAGAUGCAAGAAAGGAACAAUGCCAAUUUCCUCAGCUACAACAUCUACCUUACUGGCUGGGAUGAGUCUCAGGCCAAUCACUUUGCAGUUCACCAUGAUGAAGAGAAAGACGUGAUCACAGGCCUAAAACAAAAGACUUUGUAUGGACGCCCUAACUGGGAUAAUGAGUUCAAGACAAUUGGGAGUCAACACCCUAAUACCAGAAUAGGAGUUUUCCUCUGUGGACCUGAAGCCUUGGCAAAAACCCUCAAUAAACAGUGCAUCUCCAACUCCGACUCUGCUCCUCGGGGAGUGCAUUUCAUUUUCAACAAGGAAAACUUCUAACUCAUCUCUCCCAGAAGGAAAAAUUGGAUUACAUUACCAUGAACCCAGAUAUUAUUGGUUAAGAAUAUAAAUUCCUUUCAUCAAAAAAAAAAGAAAAGAAAAAAGAAAGAAAAAGAAAAAAAGGAAGAAAAGAAACUACAAUGUAACAUUUCUGUUGAAAGAUUGUUUGCAAAUGAUAUUAUGUUUAUAUGGGGUUUUAUGUUUCUCACAGCAUUUCAUUUCAUUUUCAUCUCUUUGCCGCCAGCAAAAGGUAGGGUAAGGACUUCUGGAAUCAUUUUCAGGACGAAACAAUGAUAUCUCAGACAGCUUUAGUGGCUUCCUUAGGCUAUGUAGCUGAGACCAGAUCUUGGCCACCUGACCCCAGGUUUGGUAUUCUUUCCACAGCAGUCUGUUUUGAAAAUCAGUUUUUAUAGUCUCCCAAAGAUGUAAACUAAAGAGUAGCUAUUCAUUUUCCAUUUUGUGCCAUCUUGGUUAUUACUGUUAUACUGAGGGAGAUUUUUCCAGAUAGGAACUAAUAUAGGCUGAAAGUGAUUUAACACAUACUAAUGUCAGCGUUGACACCUCAGUACUUUCCAGCAUUCCAACACAGCAGCAAAAUAAGAUCAGAGAUUCUGCCUACCAAAGAAUAUUACACUGAUUGGAGUUUAUUCAGUACUCAUCGUUUACCAUAUUACUUGGCACACAGUGGGUACUAUAGGACAAUUUAUUGAAUGAAUAAGAUUCAGAACCAAACAAUGUCAGAAUAGAACUAAUUCAAAACAUUAUACAGAAUUAUCUGAGGAGAUGAUUCCUGUCACUCUUACAGACCAAAAUAUCCUUACUCUCUGGAGGGUACAGAAUAGGUUAAGGACACCAGCCUAUAUGAUGGCCUGCGUGGUUCCUCACAUUCUUAUUUGAAGCACAGAGGAAUGAAGGAUGAAGGAAGGGAACUAAUAUCCUGUCAUAAAUCUGACCGACUCUUCUAAUCCUGCUCCCUAAUCUGUGAAAAAAAAAGUACACUAGUUUACUACCAGAAAGUCUCCUUUAACCAUUCCUUGCAAAUUUGGAACAUCAGAAUUAUGACAAAUAUGUAUCUGAUAAUGCACAUUGGGCUCAUACAGGCCAUCUCUUGUUUAGUAUAAAUACAAAAGUAGAUCUUAUAUGUAUGAGCAAUGGUUUAUUUUUAUUAUUAAAUUAUCACAACCACUGCUGCCAUCAUAUUCCUGAAAUAUACAUCCUGGAGACUGAAAUCCCCAGUUAACUCUGUUGAUAUUGAAAUCACACCUAGUAGAAUGUCCUGGAUAUCCGUGAAUUCAACGACAGUUCUAAAUCAUUUAGUGUGGCCAGAAACAGUUGUUUUUAUUAUGACUGUUCCCAUUUCCAGGAACUAAAAAAACAGCUUUAUCUGCCCCACCCCCCAGGGUCCUUCAGCUUUGGUAAUGAGGAAGAAAAACAGAAAGGCAGAAAAUCACAAGGUUUAUCAGAAGGAAAGGGAAGGAAGGAGAGGAAGAAACAAGAACAGUGAGAGAAAGCAAAACCACAGAAGAAAAAAGUAAGGGAGUUGUCUCAUUUUGGUUAUUGCCUAUCCCAGAUUUCUUAGUUUUAUAGGUAUUGGAUGUAAUUGAAGAAGGGGUACACAGAUUUACCUUAUUUUGAUUACUCAUAGUACUGAUAUUUUUAUAUUCUGGUCACAUUUUUGAUUCUGAGUGCACAUAUAUGAAGGACUAAGAUAAACUGAGAAUUCAGUCAUUUCUUACAGUAGCACAGUUGCUUUGAUUUCCCAGGAUCUUCAAAGCAUUGAGGAGGGUUCUCACAAAUAAAGUCCUCCAGUGUGUGUAAACAUCACCUCUCAGAAAUGUGCAGGAAAGUUUCCACUUGGAAAAAGUGAGGGCUAACCCUAUUAGUUCAGUUAUUCAGCAAAUAUUUAUUGUUCUAUUAUUAUGACUCAGGAGUUGUAUGCAUAGUUUCAAAUUCUUUAUAACAAAGUAUGAGCAAGAGGGCGAACCUCAGUUUUAUGGAAUACAAGAAUUUCGGUUUCUUUCUAAACUACGUGACAUAAUCUAAACCCAACUCUUGCUUGGAGAAUGAUGCUCCAGCAUUUUUUACAUUUGAUACCAAAGUAGUUGCCAACAUAGAGAGGUCUGCCCUAUGUUAUUCUGGUCAUGAGAUGAAAAAUCAGUGAAAAAGUGCUUGUCAUUAUGAGAGAUUCCUUCUUUGUUCUCCCAAGUCUCUAGUCACCAGCUAUCAGCCAUUGGCAGCACAGUUUUUUUAGAGUUUAGUAUUUAGCAUUUAGGAAACAGGUACUUUAAGAAAGAAUAAUGAAGCAUUUUUUAAAUCUCAAGGCUUUUCUUAAUUUUCCUGCUUUUGCAAUAUUGUGUUUAUGAAGUUCAAAUACUUGCAGACUUUGGGCAUAGUUUAUUUGGGGAGGCAUCUGGGAGGUAAUUUCUAGGAAUAAUUUUUAAAAUUGCACUUAAACAUUAAAAGUAAUGGACACACAGAA